AUGGCAUCCUCGAGUACCAUAAAGCGCCUUCACCGUGAGCUUGCUGAGUAUCAGUCCUCUUCCAAUGAAGCUAUUCUCCAUCUGAAUCCUAUCUCUGACGACGAUCUCCUUCACUGGGAAGCCGUGCUUAAAGGCGUUCCCAACACACCCUACGAAGGUAUCCAUCCACCAAAGACCCCUAAAAAACAAACAGUAAGGUAUCUAAUGAGACUUUAUGAUAUAGAUGGCCUCUGGUCCCUGAAGAUUUCCAUUCCUUCCACCUAUCCUUUAUCUCCACCUACUAUUACUUUCACAACCCCCAUCUGUCACCCCAAUAUAUCUUUCACCACCGGUGAAAUAUGCCUUACUCUUCUCACUACUGAGCAUUGGACGCCUGCAUACACUUUAAGCUCAACUUUAUUGGCAAUACAUCAACUGCUAACUGAUCCUCAACCCGACAGCCCUCUAAAUGUAGAUAUUGCAGCUCUGCUACGUGCUGGAGAUCUUUUGGGAUGGGAGAGCCUAGUGAGGUACUGGACAGCAGAAGAGAGGUGGAAUGGCUAUGAGAAAUUAAGAAAUAUUAAGCUGAGAGCCUGA